CUUUGUCAUGAAAACUAUAUAUGUUAUACUUUACCAUUAAAUACUAUCUAUGGUAACAUUUUCAAAAGACAAUAUACUGUGAAGUCUUCAUCAAGUCUAGAAGGGAUCACCAUCCACAUAUCUCUUGAUCUGAUUUAUCCCAGUACACCUCCUCAGGUCACUUUAUAAAGGAUGGAUUAGUACUACCUUUGCUCAUCUAAGAAAAUUAUAACCCGGAAAUGGUCAGGUAAAAAGAGUCCAGCCUGAAUCUUACAAAAUGAGGUGAUUCCUUGGCUUUGCAUAAGAAAAAUAGUUGACUCAGAAUUCUGUUAUUACUCUUCUGCAGCCAUCUGGAUUUAAUAAAUAAUACUUAUUCUCCUGUUUUAAAUGGAAUCCAUUGACAAAAAUUAUCCUUCCCAUACACCCCCAAUUAAAUGCUUAAAGGAGAGAAGUAAUCCGAAGAAAACACUCCUAAUCCUGUCAAAGGAAACAUGGAGCCUUAGAAUAUGUAUUUACCACUCCUCUCAUCCUUUGCACUAUUCAAUGUCUAGCAGCUUCACACUGUUGCUAUAGAGAUGGUGAUAUCACCAGUUGUGAUUCUGAUGUCACUCCCCAGUCCCAACAAGGGGGAGGUACAUGGAAAUCUGGGGGAGAAAACAAGAUCUUGAGCUGAGCAAGAACAUCCCAGCAUCUUCAUUGACUUUUAAAGUAUAUUCUGGCGUCUUCUGUGGUUCACUAUUCCAGAGCUACAGAGCAACAACCAAAUUUAUUCAGCUUCUAUAAUGUACCAGGCACUUACAGAGAGGGAGGAAGAAAAAGAGAAAGGACAUAAUAAAUAUAUUCAUCCUUAAAACUAGUCAUAAAACCUGGUUGCAUAAACCUCAAAACUUAAUCAGAUUCUCCAAUUUGAGAAAGAAAGAAAAUGAGCUAUCUGGAAUUAGAAAUGGGAAGAAUUUGUAUAUUCAUUCUUUCAGCAGUAAUUAUUAAGCACCAACUUUAAGAUUCCUUAUAUAUUACAUGGCAGGAGGGGUGGGUAAACUUAGGGAUAGAGAAGACAACAAAUUAAUCAAGAGCUUUCCUCUUAUCUCAGAAUCUGUUCUCAGGAAAAAUGUCAGAAAGGGUUGACUGGUUACAAAGCCAAAAUGGAGUAUGCAAAGUCGAUGUCUAUUCUCCUGGAGACAGCCAACCCCAGGACUGGAAAAUGUCGGAUGAAACCUUGUCUGUUUUUAAGGAAGCAUCAACAGAUCCUGUCAGAGUGCUCAGCUGGCUCCGCAGAGACCUGGAAAAAAGUACAGCAGAAUUCCAAGAUAUUAGAUUCAAGCCUGGAGAAUCGUCAUUUGGUGAGGAAACUGCCAACCCAGGAAACAGAGGUUUCUGUAUAGACUAUUUCAACAACCCCCAGAAGGGCAGUCCAGGGAGAUUGCAUUUUGAGGUAACUCACAAAGAGACUCCCUCCCAGGACCCCUGUCCUCAAGCUGGUAAAGGGAGUUCAGUCGAUGAAGUUUCCUUCUAUGCUAACCGCCUCACAAAUCUAGUCAUAGCUAUGGCCCGCAAGGAGAUCAAUGAGAAGAUCGACGGCUCUGAAAACAAAUGUGUCCGUCAAUCAUUGUAUGUAGGGGAUGAACCUGUACCCAAAAAGAGCCUGAGUACAGUAGCAUCAGAGUUGGUGAAUGAAACUGUCUCUGCAUGUGCCAAUACAACUUCCCCAGACAAGGCUCCUGGCUCUGGAGACAGAGCCUCCGGAUUAUCACAGAGUCCCCCAAAUUUGAAGUACAAGAGCACUUUGAAAAUCAAGGAGUGUACCAAGGAAAGCAAGUGUCCAGAUGACAAGUCCGCUUCUAAGAAGUCUUUCUUCUAUAAGGAAGUGUUUGAAUCUCGGAAUGCAGGUGAUGCCAAAGAGGGUGGAAAGUCCCUGCCUGGGGAGAAAAAGAUGUUCAGUGGGCAGGAAAGGCCUAGUGACUUUACAGCUUCCGUUAGUCAAGGGAUCAUGACCUAUGCCAAUAGUGUGGUAUCGGAUAUGAUGGUCUCCAUCAUGAAGACACUGAGGAUCCAAGUGAAGGACACAACCAUUGCCACCAUCUUACUAAAGAAAGUACUGAUCAAACAUGCAAAAGAAGUCGUCUCAGAUCUCAUUGAUUCCUUCAUGAAGAAUCUCCACAAUGUCACCGGGACCCUUAUGACUGAUACAGACUUUAUCUCAGCUGUGAAAAGAAGUCUCUUCUCUCAAGGAAGCCAAAAGGCUACAGAUAUCAUGGACGCCAUGCUAGGUAAACUAUACACUGUGAUGUUUGCCAAAAAAUUCCCUGAUAAUCUCCGGAAAACCAAGGAUAAGUCAGAGAGUUAUUCCCUCCUCUCCAUGAAAGGAAUAGACCGAAAUAUGAACUUUACAAUGAAAUCUGAAGCUAAAGUGAAAGAAAAGAUAUAUUCGUCAGGCAAAUCAGAGAAGGAGAAGACUUGUGCUGAAACCCUGGGUGAGCAUAUUAUCAAAGAGGGGUUGACCAUGUGGCAUAAAACUCAAAAGAAAGAGUGUAAAUCUCCAGAUUUCGAACCUGCAGCUACCAACAAACAGAAAAAUCCUGCACCAGACAUUCCCUUUGAGUGUCUGGAUCCUUGCAGUUUCAGCCCUUCUCUGCAUUUCCCAGAGAUACCAGAGAAUUUUAUGUGUGAUUCAGACUCCUGGGCCAAGGACCUGAUUGUGUCUGCCCUGCUUCUGAUUCAGUACCACCUGGCUCAGGGAGGAAGGAUGGAUGCACAGAGCUUCCUUGAAGCUGCUGGCUCCUCCAACUUUCCCAUCACCAAGACCCCUGUAGUUUUAGAUGAAUCCAGCCUUAAGACCCCUCACGUGGUAUGUGACCAAGAACAAUCAGAAAAGAAGGAUCUAAUGAGUGUUUUCUUCAAUUUUAUCCGGAACUUACUUGGUGAAACUAUUUUCAAGGGUGACAAUAGCUGUGAAUCCAAGGCUCCAGAAAAGUCAGAUAAGGAAAAAGAUUGCAACCAGGGUGAAAGACCUAUGACCCCUUCCCCCAAAUUAUCUGAAGGUGAUGAGGCUGGUGCCUUUUCUGGGCUGACCAAGAUGGUUGCCAACCAGCUGGAUGGCAACAUGAAUGGGCAAAUGGUAGAUCAUCUGGUGGACUCAGUGAUGAAGUUGUGUCUCAUUAUUGCCAAGUCCUGUGACUCUCCCUUGGCAGAGCUGGGAGAUGAGAAAAGUGGGGAUGCCAGCCGGCCAAAUUCAGCCUUCCCAGAGAGUUUAUACGAGUGUUUACCAGUCAAAGGCACAGGAACAGCAGAGGCUCUCCUACAAAAUGCCUAUCAAGCCAUCCAUAAUGAACUGAGAUGUGCAUCAGGACAGCCCCCUGAAGGAUGUACAGCACCCAAAGUGAUUGUCAGUAAUCACAACCUAUCUGACACAGUUCAGAACAAGCAACUCCAAGCUGUUCUUCAAUGGGUAGCUGCUUCUGAGCUCAAUGUCCCGAUUUUGUACUUUGCUGGUGAUGAUGAAGGGAUCCAAGAGAAGCUACUUCAGCUCUCGGCUGCUGCUGUAGACAAGGGACGCAGCGUAGGGGAGGUUCUGCAGUCGGUGCUGCGCUAUGAGAAGGAGCGACAGCUGGAUGAGGCGGUGGGAAAUGUCACACGGCUGCAGCUGCUGGACUGGCUGAUGGUGAACCUGUGAUCAUGCCCACUCUCUGCAUCCCCUCUUCCAGCAGUGGGCCCAGCCCUUGCCCCACCCACUCUCCCCUCAUUCCCACAGCUCCCUUGUCCUUAUCCUCACAGAGCCCUAACAUUAUCUUCAUACCACUCACAUGAAAGACAUGUCAUCUAAUGCUAGUCACUGGAUUUUGCACAUUUUCCUGUCCAUGCGAGCAAGGACAUAAAAUUAAAAAAAAUUAAAGAGC